UCUUUGUCUUUCUUUAAACAAAGGAGAGAAGGAAAAAGGAAUAGGGUCUGAGUUGAUUCCCUUGUCCAAUCUUCUUCCAUCUUCUCAGGAUAAUAUAAUAAUAAUACCUUUUUUUUUUUUGUUGUUUUAACAAAAAAAAGUCAUCUUCCUUCUUUCCAACCUGACCUUCCCCGGUUUCCCCGGCGCCGCAUCGCGUUCGUUUCUCCAUCACAGGAGGAGCCGCCAUGGACGGCGAGGAGGCCCCAAAUACCGAGCAGCGGCAGGAUGAGCGCGUCUACCUCGUCCCUUACCGAUGGUGGAGGGAGGCGCAGGGGCAGGAGCGGGAGCGGGAGCCGGGAGGCGGGAUCCCGUACACGGCAUCCCCCGCCCCCUCCUCCUACGGCGGCCCCAUGAAGAUCAUCAACACCAUCUUCAACUCCGAUCUCGUCUUCACCCUCCAGCGCUCCACCACCACCUGCAGCUGCACCAUCUCCGACGACCAGCGCCAGCGGCAGCAGCAGCAUGACGAUGCGGAGCAGGGCUGCUGCUCCGCCGGGAGCAGCUACGCUCUCCUUCCCGCCGAUAUGUGGCGCCGAGCGCUCAGGCGGCGCAAUGGUGGUGCUGGUCUGAGAAAAGGGAGUGAUGGGAACUGGUCCUUCGAAGAAGAUGCCCCAGUUGAUGUUUAUCCUUUGAAGCUUAGGAUCUCUGUUAUUCGGGACACAUGUAUAAUGACUGUAAAGAUCACCAAAAAGGACAAUGCAAAUGAAAAUUACAAAAAAGCAUGCAAGAUCUUCACUGUUGAUUCCGAAAUGGUCUGUGUCUGGGACUUCUCUGGGCAAACAAAUCUUAUAAUUAUGAACGAAUGGAAUAGAAUGUCUCAAGAUGGUCAAUGUCAGGCAGAUAAUGAGAUUUUUCUGGAGAUUCAAGUGUAUGACUUGGCAGAAUUUAGGACCUUUAAAAAUGAAGGCAAGAAAGGUGACUUGGCGCCGCAGCAAUCUAGGACAACAAGGUCCUCUUGUAGUUCUUCACCUGUGAGCAAUGGCAGCUUAGAACAUAAGGACUCUGAUUUUUGUUUUAGUGGAAAAUGUACAGGAGUUGGUUCUCUAGGGUUAACAGGACUGGAGAAUCUUGGAAAUACAUGCUUUAUGAACAGUGCAGUCCAGUGCUUGGCUCACACACCAAAGCUCGUUGAAUAUUUUAUUGGAGAUUACACUAGAGAAAUAAAUCAUCACAACCCACUGGGAAUGAAUGGUGAGAUUGCUUUAGCAUUUGGAGGACUUUUAAGGAAGCUAUGGGCUCCAGAAAAAACAUCAGUGAGCCCACAUGUUUUUAAAGGAAAGCUUGCUUGUUUUGCUCCCCAGUUUAGUGGGUUCAGCCAACAUGAUUCUCAAGAACUUCUUGCUUUUCUGUUAGAUGGGCUUCAUGAAGAUCUGAAUCGUGUCAAAUGCAAGCCAUACAAAGAAGCUAAGGAUGCAUGUGGCCGUCCAGAUGAAGAAGUAGCAGAUGAGUACUGGGAAAAUCAUUUGGCUCGAAAUGACUCUGUUAUAGUGGAUAUUUGCCAAGGUCAAUACAGGUCAAGAUUAGUAUGUCCUGUCUGCAACAAGGUGUCUGUUACCUUUGACCCAUUUAUGCAUUUAUCUCUCCCCCUUCCAUCAACAAAAAUGCGGACAAUGACUGUUACAGUCUUUAGCACUGACGGUAGUUCAGUGCCAUCUUCAUAUACUGUGAAUGUGCCCAAGUAUGGAAAAAGCAAGGAUCUUAUUCAUGCUUUAAGUAUUGCCUGUUCAUUGAGGGAUGAUGAGAGCCUAUUGGUUGCUGAGGUAUACUCUAACCGCAUUAUUCGUUACCUUGAGGAUCCUUUGGAUUCACUGUCAUUGAUUAGAGAUGGAGAUCGGCUUGCAGCAUAUAGGCUAGUCAAAGAUUGUGAAAACUUUCCCUUGGUGGUGUUUACACACCAGUCCUUGAAAGAACUAUGUAUGUCCAGGCAGUACCUUCAUAGUAUAACAAGUCCACGUUGGAAAACAUUUGGUGUCCCUCUUAUAGCAAGCACAUCAAGCAUUAUCAGUGGGUCAACAAUUCGCGACCUGUACUUGAAGUUGCUCCAACCUUUUCUGGAAUCAAAAGUUGCUGUCUUAGAUGUUGAUCAAGAUGAUGGCAAAAGUAGUUCCUCUAGUGAAGUUACCGAGAUGGACAUGGGCUCCCACAUGGCAGAUUUUGAAGCCACAGCUGACACUGCAGAGGAAAAAGAUUUCAUGGAUGAAUUUCAGUUUUACCUCACAGAUGAAAAGUGCCAAGUGAUGAAUUCCAAGAUAGAAAUGAGUGAAUCAAUUUUACUAACAGGGUUGCAGAAGCAAUUGCAUGUGCUUGUCUGUUGGCAAGACAAAGCAAUGGGACGGUAUAAUAUUUCCCUUCUCAAUUUCUUACCUGAGAUACACAAGUCUGAACUCUUUGCGGAAAGACCUCAAGAAUCUGUUUCUCUAUAUGCAUGCCUUGAAGCAUUUUUGAAGGAGGAACCACUAGGACCGGAUGACAUGUGGUACUGCCCAAGCUGCAAGAAGCAUCAGCAAGCUAGUAAGAAGCUAGACCUCUGGAGGCUACCGGAAAUUCUUGUUAUUCAUCUAAAAAGAUUUUCUUAUACACGGUUUACAAAAAACAAGCUGGAAACAUUCGUAGACUUCCCUGUACAUGAUUUGGACUUGUCGCCAUAUAUUGCUAAUAGGUCUCCACAGCCAUCCGAUCAUUAUGCAUUGUAUGCUGUCAGCAAUCACUAUGGGAACAUGGGAGGUGGUCACUACACUGCAUAUGUUUAUCAUGAAGGAGAGGAGAUGUGGUAUGAUUUUGAUGACCGCCAUGUUCUUCCUGUAUCCGAGGACAAUGUAAGGUCAUCAGCUGCAUAUGUUCUUUUUUACAGGAGAAUUCAACCCAACAACUCAGAUCCCUAGGUUAUGCCAUUAGUGUACUUCUAACCAUGGUAGGGCAUCAAGGUAGAGUUGCUUGUAUAUUCUGGUACCUGAACAGAUGCAUUUAACUGUACAAGAUUUUUGUAGCAAUACCAACUCACGUGUAUCUUGACAAAGUAACCUUGGUUUUCGCGGGGGAUGAUCACAUUAACAGAACUGAAGCAAAUUAGCAUGGAGGAAUGUGCUGGAGGUUCAGUAGGUAUGACACAUAGCACACUUAGAUGUAAUAAUUCUUGAAGCAGCUCGUAAAACCAAUAUUUUAUUUGUAUGUGCAUUUACACAAAAUUGUUGUGUCCGACAGUUUGAGAGGCUAGAGGGCUACCUCCUAAUUCUUUCUUCCCUUGGUACGAUUGGGGAAGCUUCAGUGUUAUUUUUUUUUUUCUUUUUCUUUUCAGAUUACAUACUGGAUGUCAAUUGUUUGGUUGGUUUAAGAAAAGCAGAUCGCACAUGGUAUUUGACCUCU